CAGGGACAAAAUAGACCUCGUGAGCGCCGGCGUCUCAACCAAUAAGCCAGUAACGGCUGCCAAGACGACGCCGCCGCCCGCGCGCCACACGUGCGACGUCCGACGCGCAGCAAAACCGACGCACGUACGCAGGCACAAUGGCUCACCGAUUCGCCCGCAGCGCGCGCUUGCUAGCCUUCAGCCCCGGCCGCGCCGCCGCCGCGGCGGCGCUGCCGGCGGCUCUGUGCGCCCAGCAGGCCAAGGCCGAGGCCAACGAGGACAUCAACAAGGAGACGGUCGCGGCCGCCGCCGCCGCCGCCGCCGUGGGCUACGCGGCCGUCGCCGCGACGCAGGCGAACGCCAAGGCCAAGGACGCUCAAGAAAGAUUGAAAGCCUUGGAGGUGCGCGCCGCCAAGGCCACGUCCGCGGCGUUCGUCUUCGUGAAACCGCACGCUGUGACUGAUUCGGUGAAGACCAAGGUCAAGAGUGGACUGGAAAAAGCCGGUAUCUCGGUAUUAGAGGAAGGCUCCAUCGCGGGCCCGAAGAUUGAUAGUGAUAUGCUCAUAGACACGCACUACGGUGCUAUUGCUGCCAAAGCGGUCAAGCUCAAGCCCUCGGAGCUCAAGCCGUCGGCGAAGGCACAGAAAGACUUCGAAAAGGCGUUCGGCCUGACCUGGUCUGAUGCUCUUAAGCAAGGCCUGGUCUACAACGCCGCGGACGCGUGCAAGCAACUCGGCUGCGACGGCGCGGGUUUGGACGCGAAGUGGUCCACUCUGACACGUGGCCAAAAUCUCAUCAAGUUCGGCGGCGGCUUCUACUGCGGGAAGGUCGAAGGCAUUUACGUGAUGAACGGCUUCUACAUGGCGAUGCGCGGGAAGUUCACGGAUCCCUCCGCGACGAUCCACUACUACUUGGUCGAGUGGCCGACCUCGUCGUUGUCGUGGGCGGACUUCCGGGGCAAGGUGUUAGGCGCCACGGACCCCGCCGAGGCUUCACAGGGUUCUUUGCGGCGGGCGAUCUUGGAUGAUUGGCGCGCGCUCGGCCUACCCGCGUGCCCGGACACGGGCGACAACGGCGUCCACGCGUCGGCGUCGCCCUUCGAGGCGCUUUCAGAAAGAGUGAACUGGUGCGGGGCGUCCUUCGAGACGGACGCCUACGGCCGCGGCCUCGUCGCGGCGGGCGUCGACGCCAAGACAUUGCAAGCGUGGGCCGAGGACCCUCAAGUAAAACUGCCCGGCGGCGGCGCGGGCUCGUUGUUUGAUGCCCUCGAGGACCUCGACGCGGACAAGUGCCUCGAGACGGCGAAAGCGAUCAAGAAGGCGAACGAGUAGGCUGCUUAACGUGUUUAUAU